AUGGCUUCCUCCACAAACAAGGAUUCUGAAUCAAUAUCUGACAUUGAUAUGAAUCCAUGCUAUAUCUAUGAUGUGUUUUUGAGUUUCUGUGAUAAGGACGCUGCUAAAUCUUUUGCACACAAUCUUGAUACUGCUCUCACGGUGACUGGAUUUGUUGUUUUCAGGGAUGACGACAAGCUUAGAAAUCAAGAUGAGAUGAUAACACCCUCAGUUCUGCAUGCAAUUGAAAGAUCUAGAGUUUCUAUUGUUGUUUUCUCAGAAAAUUAUGCUGAUUCAACUUGGUGUAUGCAAGAGUUGGAGAAAAUAAUGGAGCGUUACCGAACUACAGAUCAUAUGGUUGUGCCUGUGUUCCACGAUGAUGAAGGUAUGCUUGAAGAAGCUUUUAAUGAUCUUGCAAAAAGAAUCUUGAAGAAAGUUGAAUCGAUGUGCCAAGAUUGUAGCAUUUCAGGAUUUGGUGUGGAUUCCAGGAAUGAAAGUGAAGAUAUCAAAAAAGUAGUAGAGCAUGUUACUAGUUUGCUAGACGGAACAGAUUUAUUCGUUGCUGACUAUCCAGUGGGGGUAGAUUCUCGUGUUCAAGAUGUUAUUCAACUAUUGAAUAGCCAAGAAUCAAAAGACCCUGUACUAAUUGGAAUAUGGGGCAUGGGAGGAAUCGGCAAAACAACUAUUGCUAGAGCUAUUUAUAAUAGAAUUCGUCAUGAUUUUAAGGCAAAUAGCUUCCUCCUAAAUGUCUAA